GAUGUGUGCGUGCGUGCGCAUGAUUGGAUGUACGUGUGUGCGUGUGUGUGUGUGUUGUUGCGCGGGGGCAGCGGCGGAAGACGUGUUCUUAGGCGAAAUUUAUCACGAAAACAGAAAAAUUCCAGCAACUUGCGCGAUAAUAAGCGGGGCCCAACAACAGCAACAACGCCAAUCGUAUGUCCGCAGUGCAACUGACGCACCAGUUUACAUAAAAGAAGCAGCUUAUCGUCGUGUCGACGUGUACCCCACAGCCAGAACCAAGCACAGCCAGAACAGACGCUGCGCAGAUCAGAACCCAAGUGGAAGACGAACAUAAUGUGUGGCAUAUUCGCGUACCUCAACUACCUGACACCCAAGUCGCGCCAGCAGGUGCUGGACCUGCUGCUGCAGGGCCUGAAGCGCCUGGAGUAUCGCGGCUACGACUCCACUGGCGUGGCCAUUGACGGGGCCAGUGCGGGCGACGACAUCCUGCUGGUGCGGCGCAUUGGCAAGGUCAAGGUGCUGGAGGAUGCCAUCGGCGAGUUGUGUCGCGGCGAGGCCUUCAAUCAGCCCGUGGACAUUCACAUUGGCAUUGCGCACACGCGCUGGGCCACGCACGGCGUGCCCUCGGAGGUGAACUCGCAUCCCCAGCGCUCGGAUGUGGAGAACAGCUUUGUGGUGGUGCACAAUGGCAUCAUUACGAACUACAAGGACGUGAAGACGCUGCUGGAGAAGCGCGGCUACGUGUUCGAGUCGGAAACGGACACGGAGGUGAUUGCCAAGCUCGUGCAUCACCUGUGGCAGACCCAUCCCGGCUACACCUUUGGCGAGCUGGUGGAGCAGGCCAUACAGCAGCUGGAGGGCGCCUUUGCCAUUGCCUUCAAGUCGAAGCACUUUCCCGGCGAGUGUGUGGCCUCGCGUCGCGGCUCGCCCCUGCUGGUGGGCAUCAAGGCCAAGACCAAGCUGGCCACCGACCAUGUGCCCAUCCUUUAUGCCAAGGCGCAUCGGCCGCACGGCCAGCCCUUCCCCGUGCUGCAGGCGGGCAGCGAUGGCAGCGCCGAGUUCCAGCCACUGGAGCACAAGGAGGUGGAGUACUUCUUUGCCUCGGACGCCUCGGCGGUGAUUGAGCACACGAAUCGCGUCAUCUAUCUGGAGGACGAUGACGUGGCGGCCGUCAAGCGGGACGGCACGCUGAGCAUCCAUCGCCUCAACAAGUGCACGGACGAUCCGCACAUCCGCGAGAUUAUUACGCUCAAAAUGGAGAUCCAGCAGAUCAUGAAGGGCAACUACGACUACUUUAUGCUCAAGGAGAUCUUCGAGCAGCCCGAGUCGGUGGUCAACACCAUGCGCGGACGCGUGCGCUUCGACACGCAGACCAUUGUGCUGGGCGGCAUCAAGGAGUACAUACCGGAGAUCAAGCGGUGUCGCCGCCUGAUGCUGAUUGCCUGCGGCACCUCCUAUCACAGUGCGGUGGCCACGCGCCAGCUGCUGGAGGAGCUCACCGAGCUGCCCGUCAUGGUGGAGCUGGCCUCGGACUUCCUCGAUCGCAACACGCCCAUCUUCCGCGACGAUGUGUGCUUCUUCAUCUCGCAGUCGGGCGAGACGGCGGACACGUUGAUGUCGCUGCGCUACUGCAAGCAGCGGGGCGCCCUGAUUGUCGGCGUCACCAACACGGUGGGCAGCAGCAUCUGUCGGGAGUCGAACUGCGGCGUGCACAUCAAUGCGGGGCCGGAGAUUGGCGUGGCCUCCACCAAGGCCUACACCUCGCAGUUCAUUUCGCUGGUGAUGUUCGCGCUGGUCAUGUCCGAGGACCGUUUGUCGCUGCAGCAGCGGCGCCAGGAGAUCAUUGCGGGCCUGUCGCAGCUGGACGAGCACAUACGCUCGGUGCUGAAGCUGAACUCGCAGGUGCAGGAGCUGGCCAAGGAGCUGUACCAGCACAAGUCGCUGCUCAUCAUGGGCAGAGGCUUCAACUUCGCCACCUGCCUCGAGGGCGCCCUCAAGGUCAAGGAGCUGACGUACAUGCACAGCGAGGGCAUACUCGCGGGGGAACUGAAGCACGGUCCCCUCGCCCUCGUCGACGAUGAGAUGCCCGUGCUGAUGAUCGUGACGCGGGAUCCCGUCUACACAAAGUGCAUGAAUGCCCUGCAACAGGUGACAUCGAGGAAGGGCCGCCCCAUCUUGAUCUGCGAGGAGAACGACACCGAGACGAUGUCCUUUUCGACGCGUUCGCUGCAGAUUCCCCGCACCGUGGACUGCCUGCAGGGCAUCCUCACUGUCAUACCGCUGCAGCUGCUCUCCUACCACAUUGCCGUGCUGCGUGGCUGCGAUGUGGAUUGUCCCCGGAACCUGGCCAAGUCAGUGACGGUGGAGUAGGAGCACAACAAGAAUUCCAUUUGCUGAUGUCUAGAGGAAUCCCUUAUUCGUAACCAUUUAGAUUUAAGCUCUAAACAUUUUUGUAUUCUCUCCGCGAUCCUUUGGUUCAAUGGAACCUGCGAUCGACCUUGCCCCUCUGUGACCCUUUUUUGCAUUUGCAUUUCGUAGAGUAUAAUUUGACCUGUUUGUGUGUGUUGUAAACCCGAUUAAUCUUCUGUGGAUGUGCAAUUGAAAUAUAAGUAUUUCCAGAAA